GACGUCUUUGCCUGGUGUUUUCCAACAAGCUGUCAGCCGUCCUCUGUAUCAAAAGCCAUACCAAGACGCCCAAAGCACCUCUCUUAGGCUUCAAACCUCGACUACAUCUCUUCAGUAUCCUGCCCAGCCUCCGUUAGUUUCCAUCGCGAUGGACGCCUCCGUCACCACUCCGUUGCUCCACGGGCAAUCAGAGUUCCAAGAUGGACAUGGCCUGCCAACGCCAGCAUCAUAUGGCCAGGUCCAGGACCAUCCUGCAUUUCUUAGAGCAUGCCAUUCACCAUGGCGGUCCUUUUCCCAGAACCACUUGUGUUGGGUUCGAGGUGGCAUUGUUGCCUAUCUGACCGCAGUCGGAGCUACGGUUCUUGACUACAAGCUGCGAAAAGAAGAGUCUGCUUACUCUGACUGGCGGGUGGUCUUUGACUUCUCCGUUGUCACCUUUUCUCUGCUUUUGGCCUACCACGCGGUUGUUCUGGGCUGGACAUACACUCAUCUCUAUCAUCCACACAUCGAGGAAACCAGCACUGGCUGGGAGUACUGGGCAUUAAGAACACUGUCAUUGCCCUACGACAUGGCCAGUCUUCGCAAGCAGUUCUACUUCACCUUGUUUUACACCACUACAACUGUUUUCACCUUCAUGAAUACAGUCAUCUACUGGUUUGUCACACUGGAGCACGAUGACAAGAACACGGGAGAGCCCCCCAAGCCUCAGCCAUCCGGAGGCUCCGCCAUGGCCGACAUGAUUGGGGACUCCUUCGCAUACGAAUGGACCAGCUUGGAGGACACACACAAGAAUGGGCCACAUGAACCUUUCACGGAGAUAUUCGGAAAGGGCUGGUACAAGGCCUUUGUCAUCAUCAAUCUCUUCGGCAUCACAUCGGUCGUCUCCCUCAUUGAAAUCUUCUGGCUCAACAGCAUCAAGCGUCCCUUUGGCGUUGGCGCACACACUUUGGGCGUCAUCUUCUUCGCGGGUCUCUAUCUCGGUUGGGCAGCCAUCGGCAAAGUCGAGACUGGCGCCGAUGCCUUUUACUGGCUGAACGAGAAGAACGUCGGAUCCCGUGAGGCCGUGGUGGCAUCGUCGAUUGGAUUUGUAAUCCUUGCUCCCAUCAUGUACGCAUUCAUGUACGGUCUCGUUGGUAUGCGCGAGAACAUGGCCCGAGCUGCUCACACGAGACGGGUUGCCGCCGCUGCCGCGGUGGCGGGCCACUGAGGGACUUUCGGUCCAGACGGGUCUUGUCGGAGAUGAACGGGGCAGGCGUCGGGCGGUGAGCACGGCGGUGGUGGCCGGUUCCAUCGGGCUUGGCCAUGCGUCGUUGAUAGGUACAGUGGACGGAUGCCUCAGAUUGUAGGAUUGAUAAGGCAUGCAUCGGGCUGGAGUCGAGGAUGGUGUAAUGUACCCCUCGAGGCGGUGGAGGGCGAGAUGCCAGGGAGGGUCAACAUACGAUUACCAAAAUAACCUAGAGCAUUAUGACUUCCAACACGCAACUCCUAUUUUCCCAGGGACCGAGGCAUCGUCUGGCGAAUGAAUCGUGAUUACUGGAAAGGGGAGUCCACGACUAAGGUUGGCAGGCAAUGGUAUCAUGGGCGUUGACGGGACGGGACGCGAGGGGAAGACCGAUGGAUGGAUCAUGGAGCUGGGGCAAGGAGCGGUGUUGAGGCGGUGAUGCAGGUCACUGGGCUUGCCGACGAUGAAGACA